CGGAAUUCCGCAGCUUGACAAGUCGUGUCAUGUCAAUGCCUUUACAUGUAUUUUAUUCUACUAUUUGUUCGCAUUUUCAUUUAGUUGUUUUGAAGUCGAUUAUUUGCUAAAUUGAGAAUUUAAUUCUCCUGAACUAAAUGUUAUCCCACCUACUUCUAAAUCUAUUUUGUUGAUAUAUGUUUACUACAAUAGAGGUUAUACGAAAGUUUAUGUGUGAUAAUUUGUUGUUUCUUAGUAUACGGCGCGCACGUUUCAAUUAAAGGUCUAGAGAGAUUUUUUAUUACUUAAGUGGAUCAGGUUAAAAGCAGGAAUUUGGAAAAUCAUUUUUAUUACAUUAUGUUGUUUAAUAAAAAAUAAAUACUUCAUAGUAUGUAUAACAGGAAGUGUACUAAAAAUGUAUAACUGAAAUAUCCGUCAUCGUGGUUUGUUCAGAAAGUAGGCGAAUUAAUUGGUUAAUGAGCUUUUUACAUUCCAAUAAUGCAGUUGGGAUUAACAAUACAGAACAUGGAGUCUAAACGAAACGUUUUCAUUUUGGUUUGUUUCAUAGUGUUAUUGUUACUGAUGUUUGGAUACAGCUAUCGUCCUUUACGGAGUAUACAAAUUAAAAAGUCCGAAGCUAUGAAUGAUAACAACCUUUAUUUAGUACCUACUGAAGACAUCAUAGAGAAAAUGGACAACGACACGAUCUAUUUAUUGUUUGAUAAGUAUGUUGUUCAAAACCAGUUUUACUGCUCUAAUUUAUUACGACAAGGGCCAUGGAAUGCGUCAGGAAAAACUAUAUGUGCCGAUGACUCAUUCAAGCCAAGUUCUCCAUGUAUUCUGUAUUCAUUCGGAUCAAAAUUGGAUUUUGCCUUUGAAGAGGCCAGCUGGAAGUCAUUCGGAUGCGAAAUACACACAUUUGACCCAAGUCUACCAAUAGUGCAGUCAAGAAUACCUGUUUUCGUAAAUUAUCAUCUUAUCGGACUUUCGGGAAGAGAUUUUGUCCAAACAGAGCCAGAGGUAUGGAGACAUCAUGAUUUGCCUCUCCGAAAGACGUGGGAGAUGCAAAGGCUGUCUUCAAUACGGAAGUCGCUUUCCCAUACCGACAAAUUAAUAGACAUUCUGAAGAUAGAUAUAGAAGGAUGGGAAUGGGACGUCUUGUCAGAUAUUCUCCAAACGGGAGCUUUCAACAAUGUUAAGCAACUUUGCUUGGAAGUACACUUUGGUUUUAGUUUUAAACAUGUAAUAAAAGAAGAAAAGUUGCAACUUAAGUUUACUAAAAAUACAUGGGGUAAUGUUUCGAUGAAAGACCAAAUAAAGCUUCUUUUGCGAUUAUUCAAUGCUGGAUUCAGAAUUACAGCGAAACAAUCAUUUGAUUGGGGGUCAGUUCAUGUGAAAAAUAAACAAAUCAGUACACUCGUUGAGUUAACGUUGGUUAAUAUAAAUUUAUUAAAUAAAAUAAGCUUAUUUUCAUCCGCAAAGGAUGUAUAGUGUAUUUUCUUGUGUCUGUAUAACAUCAAAAUAUCUUAAACCUAGUAAACACAAGGUGAUAAAUGAUUUUCAAUUUUCUUUAAUGUGCGUUGGAGUAUGAUAAGGACUACGAGUCUUUUUUUUUUUGGCAACUUAGAAGUAAGCGUUAUAUGUAAAAUAGCUGUGUUGUAGCUUUCGUCAAAGAAGAAGAUUUUUUCAAAUUUCCUUACUUUAAGAAAACUGUUCUACGUAGCGAGGUAAGAGAUACGGAUUCAACAGUACAUAUUU